UUCUCUGGUAACAAUAUUCAGGCUUUUCCCUUUGUGGACAUGGAAGUGGGAAAUCGCACUGUCCUGACUGAAUUCAUCUUGGUGGGCAUCUCAUCAGACCCCAGGUGGCAGCCAAUUCUAUUUGUAAUAUUUCUGGUGCUUUAUUUGGUGACGUUGUCAGGGAACAUGACCCUGGUUAUAUUAAUUAGGAUUGAUUCCCGCCUGCAUACACCUAUGUACUUUUUCAUUGGCAGUCUGUCUUUCUUGGAUUUCUGGUACACCUCGGUAUAUACCCCCAAAAUCCUGGCCAAUUGUGUCUCAGAAGAUAAGCGCAUUUCCUUGGCUGGAUGUGGGGCUCAGUUGUUCUUCUCCUGUGUUGUGGCCUACACAGAGUGCUAUCUCCUGGCAGCUAUGUCAUAUGACCGCCAUGCAGCAAUUUGUAACCCUUUGCUUUAUUCAGGCACCAUGUCUGCUUCUGUUUGCAUUGGGCUUGUUGCUGGAUCCUACAUGGGAGGCUUUCUGAAUGCCAUAGCCCACACUGCUAACACCUUCCGCCUGAGUUUCUGUGGUAAAAAUAUCAUUGACCAUUUUUUUUGUGAUGCACCACCAUUGGUAAAAAUGUCCUGUACCGACACUCGGGUCUAUGAAAAAGUCCUUCUGGGUGUGGUUGGCUUCACUGUUCUCUCUAGCAUUCUCGCCAUCCUCAUUUCCUACUUCAACAUCCUCCUGGCCAUCCUAAGGAUCCAUUCAGCCUCAGGAAGGCGCAAGGCAUUCUCCACCUGUGCUUCCCACCUGGUCUCCGUCAUGCUCUUCUAUGGAUCCUUGCUUUUCAUGUGUUCAAGACCCAGUUCCACCUACUCCCUGGAGAAAGACAAAGUGGCUGCUCUGUUUUACACUGUGUUAAACCCACUGCUCAACCCUCUCAUCUACAGCCUGAGAAACAAAGAUGUCAAAGAGGCCUUCAGGAAAGCAACCCAGAUCAUACGACCACAAGCAUGA